UGUUCGUGCGGAUGGAAAGAUGGAGAGAUGAAACUAAAGGCAACAAUAACAUUAAACGAUGUCUGGAUCGCUUUGAUUUGCAUCCGAUCGGUUCGGUAGGCAUUGUCGAUUGUUCAACGCUCCGGGCCGUAUGUAAUUCUUCUGGUUCUGGUUCUGGUUCUGGUUUUGACGCGCGUUCUUUAGUCCAGUUAGCUGGCAUCCAUCUGCCCCUAUAUCCUGUCCCAAAGAUAAUACACAGUGAAUCGACGAACUCAAUGGCCACCGUCCAUCAUCCAGCGCAUUCAGUGCGCUCCGCAGCAGCAGCCGCUGCGCUGGCCGUGCACAUACCAAGCGUCACGGACUCGCUGGAGCGUGGCAAGAGCAGGACAAGUCUGGCGUCCAUGUCGGACGAGGAAAUUAUACAACAGAAUCUCAAGGAAAUACUAGAUAUCAAAUCGCGCGAAGAACGUAAAGCCAAUGGACGUCUUGUGGCCGUGAUUGUUGCCUUUCUAGUGAUCUUUAUGGCUGUGUACCAUGCCUGGAUACGCAAGACAGCGGCAUUGGCUGGGAUGCUGGUACCGGCGGGCAUUAUGCUGUCCUAUGGCGCUUGGGUGGUUGUCCUGGCUAAGCGCGAUAAGCACAAGCGCGCCAUGUUUGAGCGGCAUAUUGAGGAGGUGGCUCUGAAAAACAAAAGCGAGCUGGAGGAGAAGCAUUCCCGGAUGAAGCAUGCCAAGGCCGGCAAUCAGAGCGGUGGCAGCAGUAGCGCCUCUAGCAGUCUGCAGUAUACCAACGAGCUAGCAACGGGAGCCAAGCAUCGAAAUAGGCAGCGGCGACAUAGACAGCGUCAACGGGAGUGCGAAGUGAACCUCACGGAACUGGGCCUGUCGGCCGACGUCAAGGUGCACCGAAUAGAGGCCAAAAGGCCAAGUCUUAGACACAAGCUCUUCGGCCAAACAAUUGCGCAUGUCAAAUUAUUGGAGCUGCAGUGUGACAACGCUGAUAAGACGAAGCCAGCGAAUUCGAAAUUGUCCACAGUCCCUAAGUUGGUUGAAAAAAAGGACAAUGAACCAACAUCCUGACACGUGCCACACAUAGGCUCAACGCCGCGAGUGCAAGGACAAGGACAAGCCUAAAACGUCGUCCCAGAUUUUUAAUUUAUUAGGUUUAUUAUCAUCACGUCGUAAAGUAAAUAAAU